UGCAGGCAUGGCUGCCUUCUUGGAUCCGGAAAGCAUCGUGGAUGGCGCGGGAGCUCCGCUUUGCACCGGCGCCUUCCUGUUCGGGUGCGAGUUGAACAGCCGUGCCCGAUCAUACACUUUUAAAGUAUCUGAAGAGGAUGACUCUGAUCAUACCCUAGCUUUGAACACGGUUUGCCUGUCAGAAGGUGCCAAGGAUGAAUGCAACAUAGUGGAAGUUGUGGGCCGCAACUAUCACAAUGAAGAAAUUGCCGUGCCAGUGGCCAAUCUGAAGCUGUCAUGCCAACCCUGGCUGAGUUUGAAUGAUUUUCAGCUUCAGCCUCCGGUGACCUUCCGCUUGCGCUCAGGAUCUGGUCCUGUUCACCUUGCUGGACUACACCAGAUCUUUCAUAAACAGGAUCUCUUGGAUGAUGAAUUGAGUGACGAGGACGAGGAUUUUAGUGAGGAAGAUAAGUUCAGUGACGAAGAAGAGCUCUCCCCUGUCAAGCCAGCCAAGAAGAAACAGAAGUCUUAGCUUGGCUCC